AUGCCUAUUGCCUCGACCACCGACCGCGAGUUUGACAAGUCCGUCGGGACCGGAAUGGUCAGCCCGAACCAGGUCCACAAGACCAUCGUUCCCGAGUAAGUUCACUACAUCUUACUGCGCUUUCGUGUGUUCUGUGAAGAAGGAACCCCUGCAAUUGCCUCCGGCCUAGCUAGACAAAAAAUGUGUGAUGUCAUGGAACCCAUCCUCACACGCUCGGCGAUUACGCGCCAGUACUAGACUCCUCGCACUUCCUGCGGUCAAGGGGCUGAGCAUCGGCUUUACUUGUACCGAACAGACCCCAAAUGCUGGAAAAAGUCUCGACUCAUCUUGGUGAAACGACCGUUAAUGAUGCCGCCGAGACGGCCAACAAGGAGCGUCACAUGACCAUGUGGCAGGCGGUCAAGGCAUACCCCUACGCGUGCGGAUGGUCCAUGUUGUUCUCGACUGCAAUCGUGAUGGAAGGUUUCGACUUGACCAUGAUCAAUUCGUUCUUCGCCCUCCCGGCGUUCCAGAGGAAAUUCGGCGUUCAGCUCCCCGACGGAUCCUAUGUCAUCACCCCCGAAUGGCAAACCGGUCUCUCAAACGGUGUGCAAGUCGGUUCCAUCUUCGGUCUUAUGGUCAACGGAUGGGCGUGUGAUAGAUUCGGCUACAAGAAGACGAUCGCAGUCUCGCUCGUCGCCAUCACACUGUUCAUCUUCAUUACGUUCUUCGCGGUCAGUCUCCCGAUUUUGCUCAUUGGUGAAAUACUUUGCGGUGUCCCUUGUAAGUCGAGCGUCUUCGCUGUGCGGCCUUCCGAUCUGAAACUGACGUGCUCGUUCUUCACUUGUGCAACGGUUUAGGGGGUGUCUUCCAAAGUUUGACGACGGCCUACGCGGCCGAGGUCUGCCCCGCCCCUUUACGCCCCUACCUUACGACCUACGUCAACCUCUGCUGGGUCAUUGGCCAGUUCAUCUCCUCCGGUGUAUUGAAGGGUGUUUCGGGGAUGAGUGAAGACAACCAGUGGGCGUAUCGAAUUCCCUUCGCUUUGCAAUGGGUGAGUCUUCCCGCCGCCCACCGUGUCGCUUUUGCUGAUUUGAUCUGGUACACAGGUGUGGCCGCUGCCCAUUCUUGCCGGUGCCCUCCUUGCGCCCGAGUCUCCAUGGUGGUUGGUCCGUCAAGGUCGUCUCGGUGACGCCGCCAACUCGUUGAACCGCCUCGGAUCCAUCUCGGCCGAAGGCUUCAUCGACGUCGACGCCAAGAUCAACCAAAUGAUCUUCACCAACGAGAUCGAGAAGGAGAUCAACGCCGGCACUACGUACUUUGACUGCUUCAAGGGUACCAACUUGCGUCGAACCGAAAUCGUGUGCAUGGUCUGGAUGAUCCAAACCUUGGCUGGAUCCGGUUUCAUUGGAUACUCGACUGUCUUCUUUGAACGUGCCGGUCUUUCGAACUCGAACGCCUUCUCGCUCUCGCUCGGCAACUACGCCCUCGGUGCCGUCGGUACGAUUUCGUCGUGGUGGACGAUGCAAUGGUUCGGCCGUCGUGACUUGUACAUGUGGGGUCUUCUGUCGAUGGGCGUCGUCCUUUUUGCAGUUGGUGGUGCCGGAUUCGGUUCCGGUUCGGGCGCUUCAUGGGCCGCAGGAGCUCUCAUCGUCUUUUACUCCUUCCUGUACCAAUUCACCGUCGGCCCGGUCUGCUACUGCCUCGUCGCCGAGAUCUCUUCGACCCGCCUGCGCGCCAAGUCCGUUGUCCUCGCUCGCACGGCUUACAACAUCGUCGGUAUCGUCAACAACAUCGUCUUCCCUCGCAUGCUGUCCCCUCUUUCGUGGAACUGGAACGCCAAGGUGAGAAUCUCCCCUCUUAAUGCUGCCCUCCUGAUCCCGGUGCAGUGAUGCCGCACCAGACUUCUCGAUAGAGCUCGACGAACUCGUUGCUGACCAUUGUCUCUUGUCAGGCUGGAUUCUUCUGGGGUGCUUCGUGCUUCCUGUGCACAAUCUGGUGCUAUUUCCGUCUUCCGGAACCCAAGGGACGCAGUGAGUCCAGGCCGUCUUUUCGCAGCGCAACGCGAAGUUCUCGCCCCGCCGCUGCAGUGGCACCCGGGCCCCCCUUGCUAACUUCUACAUACCUCUACCUCUACCUUUCUCCAGCAUAUUUGGAACUGGACAUUUUGUUCACCGAUAAAGUUUCUGCUCGCAAGUUCAAGACGACCGCAGUUGACGUACGCGCCCACGGACGCUCGAACGAGAAGCAUUACGAGCCGACCGGCAUCGUUCACUAG